CAAUAGCUUGCAAAUACAAAUAGUAUAAUAUACACACAUAUGGGAAUUAAAAUAACAAUAAUUUAGAAAAAAUAAGUUGACGCGAAAAUAUAGAAUUAUAAAAAAUGCAGAACUUGAAUGUUUAACUCAAUUUUUGUAGUAUUACUUUUAGCUCGCAAGGAAAUUCUGGAAAUCAACCAAAGAAAGAGGAAAGUCGCCAUUUUGUGUUCGUUGAGAAGGAUAAAGACUUCGUGAAUGACGGUUUGUUCAUGCUGAAAGCCUUCGUGUGAUUAUCGAUUCUUUGUUUUUUUCUUUCAACAUUCGUUCGGCUCAGCCGUGUUAAGCAGCGUUGAUGAUUGGAAUUCCGCGUGACGAUCGACAUAAGAUCACGGUUAAAAUCCGCAAUAAUAUGAAGAGAAGCUCUAGUCGAGACACUCCGCCUCCUCGUGUCAAACGAAGCAGAUCCUCCAUGGGACGAUAUGAUGAUUCCAGUGAUGAACGAAUAACACCUGAGAGAAUUCGUCGUCGUAGCAGGGGCGCAAGAAGUCCUAGUCCACCAACGCGUGCCUCGUCACAUGCACGUUAUGUAGAAUCGAGUUCACACAGAGAUGAUUAUUUAAGAGCACCCAGAGAAUUACCCCCAGAGCGUCCAUACAGUUAUAAAGUUCUUUGUAUCAGCUCGAUUCAUCCAAAAGCCAGCGAUGAAGUGAUUAAAGAUACUCUUUACAGAGAGUACAAAAAGUUUGGUGAUUUCUCCAUUAGAAUUUCUCAUGAACUAGAUGAGCGUGUUGCAUAUGUUUGCUUUAGAAGUUCAGAAGAUGCUAGAGAUGCAAAACAUGCAAAACCAAGAAUUAUUAUGUAUGACAAAGUAGCACUUGUUGAGCCAGUUUAUGAAAGACCUGAUACUUAUCGUCGUCCAAGAUCUAUCACACCACCUGAUUAUGAAAGAUAUUACACUAGAAGUCCUGGUCCAACAGAUAGACAUAGACCAUUAGAAAGAUAUGAAAGAGUUUACGGACCCCCAGUUGGAUUGCCUCCACCACAUAGAGAAAUGAGACGCGAAGCGAUUCCUCCUCCUCAUCAUGAAUUUGUUAGACCACCGAUUCAUCACGGUCCGCCUCAUGUUCAUCCUGGUCCACCUCACCAUUAUGGUCCACCAAGACAUAUGAUGAUACGACAUCCGGUUCAUGGAUUUGAGCGCGUAGAAAAUAAAAAAGAUAAAUUCCCUAAUUAUUUACAUCAUGUUUCACCAGAAGAUGAUCCACUAGCAACGAGAACUCUCUUUGCAGGAAACUUGGAAAUCAAUAUCACUGAAGAAGAAUUAAGAAGGAUUUUCAGUAAAUAUGGAAUUGUAGAUGAUAUUGAUAUUAAAAGACCUCCACCAGGAACAGGAAAUGCUUAUGCUUUUGUCAGAUUUCAGACUUUAGAUAUGGCACACAGGUGUAAAGUUGAACUUUCCGGGCAAUAUAUAGGAAAAUUUCAAUGUAAAAUUGGUUAUGGAAAAGCUACUCCUACAACGAGAAUUUGGGUUGGUGGUUUAGGACCAUGGACUUCUGUUCCACAACUAGAAAGAGAAUUUGAUCGAUUCGGAGCAAUAAAGAAAAUUGAUUACAUAAAAGGCGACAGUAAUGCCUAUAUUCUGUAUGAUUCGAUCGAUGCGGCUCAAGCUGCUGUGAAAGAAAUGAGAGGAUUUCCUUUAGGUGGUCCAGACAGAAGACUGAGAGUAGACUUUGCAGAUGUAACUCCAGGAUUUGGAUUUAAGCCAAGACCUUACUCGGAAGAAAGCGGAGAGUUUAGACCAAGACCAGUAGAUUACGAGUCUUCUUAUGAUCCCUAUGGACCAGAUAGUGACUUUGGUUAUGGACCAAGAGGAUUUAGAGGUAGGGGAUCUGCUCCAUGGCACGACAGGAGAGGUGGAGGAAGAGGAGGCUAUCGUGGAACUUACCCAGACAGUUACAUAAGAGAUGAAGCUGAUUGGUCUAGCCGUAGACCACCACCAGAGCUAGAGUACGAAACCCCCAGAAGCUUACGUCGUUCUUUAUCAAGAGAACCUGGUGUAGAUAGAUCGAGAUCAAGAUCUCCUCGUAGAAGACAAAUUGAUUCAGAUUCAGAUUCAGAGAAUACUCGUACUGGAAUGCUUUCAACCUCCCGAACGUUGCCGGAAGUUGCAAGAAAAUCAAUAGCAGUAUGGCAAGGAGCACUAAUCUUAAAAAAUUCUCUAUUUCCAGCCAAGUUUCAUUUAACUGAUGGUGAUACAGAAAUAAUUGAAGCCUUAAUGAAAGAUGAAGAUGGAAAACAUAUGCUAAGAAUUACACAAAGAUUACGUUUAGAUCAACCUAAAUUAGAUGAUGUAUCAAAGAGAAUUCAAACUUCCAGUUCGCAUGCUAUUUUCCUAGGACUGGCUGGUUCAAGCACAGUUAUUUCUACAGACGAUACGAACGUGCAGACUCGACCAUUACGUAACUUAGUGUCAUACUUGAAACAAAAAGAGGCAGCAGGAGUUAUUUCAUUACUUAACAAAGACACAGAAGGGACUGGAGUUCUUUAUGCAUUUCCACCCUGUGCAUUUUCUACAGAACUAUUGAAAAGAACCUGUCCAAGUCUCAGUGAAGAAGGACUCAAAGAGGAUCAUCUGGUAAUCGUCGUUGUUAAGGGGGGUAGCGCUUAGAUAUAUAUGUGCGUGUGUGUGUAUAUAUAUAUAUAUCUAUAUAUGUAUAUACAUAUAUAUGCAGAUACAUAAAUAUAUAGAUAUAUAGAUGUAUACUGACUAAGGUGUUUAGUAUCAUCACUUUAAAUACAUUAUUUGCAGCUUUCGAAAAAGUUUCAUAUGGAUAUUAAGUAUUCGUCUGGCUUUAAGGAGUUUGUACAUUAAUAUAAUUUUUUAUAUAAUAAUUUUUUUUAGAGGAUCAUAUUUUUUGUCUUGUUAAAAUUUUAAUCCUUGAAUUACAAGAAACCAAUUCCAAUUCAAAGCAUGUUUGUCUGAUAAAUCGUGCACUGCGUAUAACAAUCUUACAGUAAUAGCGUGGAAGCCUUUUUCACGCAUCAAUCAUGCAAUUCAAUGAACGUCUAUAGUGAACUAUAAGUGUUAAAAAUUUAGGAAAAAAAUGAUAACCCGAAGUUUGUUAAAACUUGCAAAUUUUGUGCAUAAUCUAAUGAAAUUUUUUAUUUCAGAAGUAUAACCAAUAAGCAUUAAAAACAGUAGGUACAAAAAUAAACCCUAUGAAAAAAAACUAAUUUAAUUUAAGAAAUUCAAAGCGAUUAUAAAACAAACUCUCUUAACGAUAAUAAAAGGCAAUAGAAUUUAAUUAACCCUUUUGGAUCUAAUAUAUAAAUGAUGUUUUAAAUUCAAUAAUUUUGUAACAUGUAGAGUAUCCUACCUAAUUUGAGCGUCUUAAUUAAAUAUUUUAUUUGCUUUUGAUAUAAGAAAAUGUCAUAGGAAAACACUAUUUGCUUGGAACGGGCAAAUAUAAGCAUAAAAUUUGUUUCAAAAUUUAUAUUUUUCGAGAUUUCAAAAUGUACUGAUUAUUCUGAUUGUAACAUCCGGAAUCCAAGACUAAAAGGGUUAAUAAGAUAUGGAAGUAAAUAAAACUAAAAACAAAAUUUAAAAAAAUUUUUAAAUCAAAUCCAAAUCAAAGUUAUAGCCUACAUUAAAUAUAUGAAAGCUAAAGAUUCUAAACAUUCAAUGUUACAAAUUUCUCAAAAUUAAAUUAGUUGUGUGUGAAUAAUUUUGUUAAGUUGCAAAUAAUGGAAAUAUUAAAGUAGAAGAUACUAGACAUAUAAAUAUUUGUAUAUCCAUUAAAAGCAUCAAAUUUCUAUGAGUCUGAAUUGCUGAAUGAAAUACAAAAAUCAUAAUAAGGACGAAAGAAGGAAUUUAACACAUAUUUUCGUAAUCUUCAAUUACAAAUUUUUAUUACAUUGUAUCAUAUCUUUUUACAUGUGUAUGAAAAACGUAAUAAUGAAGCAAUUCAGUAUUCAAUAAGUUAUGGACACACUUAAGUAAGAUCGAACUAUCACAGGUAACUCAUAAUGAUUCUAGAUUUAAUAUUUACUGUAAUUAUACACUAGCGCGUGUAUACACAGUUCUUUCAUAUUCGAAUGAAAUUCCUAGAGGAAUCUUUUAUUUCUAAAUUUCAUUUAAUUUUUAUUAAAUAUUUUAUACUAAAAUAAAUCUUGCUUAUGAAAAGGGUGGAAUAUGAAAGAUCUGCUUAAACUAUAUUUGAUACAGUAAUUAAGUCUACUUAAUUGUAAAGUUGCAUUUUAUGAUUAUGUAGAAUUAUCUGUGUGAUAUAUACAUAUAAUACUUAUAUAAGUGACUUGUGUGGAUGUGUUCUGAAAAGUGAACCGAAGAAAGUGAAAGGACAAAAUUCUAAAAUGGCUUCCUGUGCUUUUCUCUCAGUGAAAAAGGACAAAAUCGUUUUUUUUUUUGAAAGGACAGUGUUUAGUGAUAAAUAUUUGAAAAGUAUAAAAGAAAAAAACAGAAUGUGUACAGUGAAAUGUAAAACAAAUCCAAGUGCUUGUGCUUGGCGACCAACAUUGUGACGCUCUUUUAAACUAUUACUUUAAAAGUGCGUUACAGUAUGGCGCAAACGAAGGUGCAGUGGUUUAAUCACACAAUAGUGUCGGAACAACAAAUAGAUGACCAUUAUGCUGAGUCAAUGCAUUCAUUAUUUUUAGUUUACCUACCAAAGUUUCAGUGGCUUCGAAUGAAAACAAUAAUUAUUACAUUAGAAAUGUAAUCUUUUAACAGGAGGAUGCGUUGAUGUUUUCAGUGUUAUCAAAGGAUAUAACAAUUUCUACAAUACAAAAAGAAAUCUUUUCCUGGAAAGAAUAUUUUGGUUAAUUUCAGUGGUAUUAAAGGAAUAGAAAAUGAUCAUUACGUAGAGAAGAUUAGUUAUAUUAUUACAAAAUGCAUGCUGUGACUUGGCAAUCAGUCGCAUGGGUUUUAAAUGCAAAUUUUCUUGUGAAGUUGACCGUGAAUUUCGUGAUGUGAUUUUCUUUGUUUUUUUCAAGAAGAUUCUUCCCGUUUCGCAUUUAGAUUGAUUGUGCAGUUAGUGUUCUCUGUGGUCUGUGGCCAUUUCUGGCUGUUUAAUUCCUAAAAGGUACUGAUUUAAAUAUGAGAAAAAGGAAAAGAAAAAUAGUAGCGUUUCCAAUUUUUGUCCUACAGAAACAAUUGUGUCAAAUUUGAAAGUGAAGAAUUGCCGGUGCUGUUUCAAGUGUUUCUUUGUAAUUAAAAAAUUUUUUUAAUUAAUUGAAAUUGAGAAAAAAAAAAGUUUGUUUCAGAGCCACAGCGAAGAAAGGGUUUGGAUAGAAGAGAUCGUCUACUGUCUACUGUAUUUUAUGCUUUAUA